AUGUUUCCGGAGUUGGAAGAGUUGAGUCCGGAAUGCGACAUCGACAAAGCUGACGUUGGCGUUCCAGGCGUCACGACCCCAGAGAUGAAGGACAAGAUGCGAAAGAUCUUGAAUUAUCAUCGUCGUAUCAUUUUAGGCAAUGGCAAUGCCGCACCGGCCCCAGCUCGUGGAGUCGUUUGUGACUUAGAUGUAGGUGAUGCGAUGCCGAUAGCACUGUGUGCUCGACAGAUCGCCUCCAGAUAUCUGCUGAAAGUUUACGAACUCCUGAUUAAGCUCCUAGAGACUGGACUCAUUACAUUGAACAUUUUGAAUCGGAUUGAUCAAGCUACCGCGAUACCCCUACCUCUGAUUGACGACUUGCUGACUGAUUUUAAUGCUGCGGCAUGGUUCAUGAGUCUAGAUACGGCGAGCGGUUUCUGGGCGAUCCAGAUGACAGAGCGGGCGAAGUUGGUUGCGGCCUUUGUCGGUCCAUUCGGACAUUUCCAGUGGAUCCUGAUGCCUUUUGAACUCAAGAAUGCACCGUUAGUGUAUCAGAGUGUGAUCAAUAACUGUCUCUGGGGAUUCGUGCAGCUCCCACCUGAGGAAGAGGCUAAGGUCGACCGAGAUGUCCUGGAAUUUCUGGAGUUGACCGUCCCAGACACAGGACCGACGAUAGAAGAUCCUCAAGGCGAAGGUGGUUUCAGACUUCCAGAUUUGAUGAAGGAGGCGACUGCAUUCAGGCGAAACAUUCCGACCCCGACGCAGAUGGGACCGGUUCUGGGACGAAGCUCUUACAUAGACGACAUAGCUCACGGGGCGCCUACCUGGGACAAACUUUGUGAAGACCUGAAUACUCUGCAAUUAUGGCUCCGAUACUGGAAUAUCUCG